AUGGCGGCGGGGCCGGGGGAGCCGGAGUGGGGGCGGCCGGGUACCGAGGCUCUGGCCUUCCGGCAGCUGCGGGACCUCGUCGCGACCCAGGAGGCGCUAAUAGAGCGGCUGCGGCUCCGGAUAGCAAUACAGGAGGAGAAUUUUGUACAUAAGGAGGAUUAUGAGGCUGUUUUGAAGAAGUUGGAGAAAGAAGAGGAAGAGCACUCAAAGACCAAAACCCUGCUUGCCAAGGAAGCUGAGAAGCUGCAGUUUGCGCUCGGGGAGAUUGAGGUUUUGUCCAAGCAGCUUGAAAGAGAGAAACAAGUCUUUGAAAAAGCACUUUCCAACGUUAAGAGCAAAGCGCUAAGAGAAUCCACCAAAAAAGACAAGCUAAUAAGCAAAUGCAAUGAAAUCGAGAGCCAUAUUAUGAAACAGGAGGAUCUUCUGAAUGACAAAGAGAAUGAAAUUAAGGAGCUGCAGCAGUUCAUCACCAAGCAGAAGCAAACACUCAAGACUCAAGUGUCAGACUUAAAAAUACAGAAACAACAGGAAAGUUACAUAGCGCAAAUGCUGGAAAAGAAACAGAAGAAGGGUUUAAAGUGACUAUAGUAAACAUUACACUACAAUCCAUGUAUCCCCUCGAUACGCAACCACUGUAAAGAUUGUAGUGCCCACCAUUACUGCAGUGGCCAACAAGGCCAAUAGCAAUAUCCUAUCACUAUCUCAGGAAGGUUGUAGAGGGGUUGCUACAUUAACCCAUGAGUGGGCCCUGGCCUACACAAACAUACUUUUCCUGGCAUGGUGCAGAGGGGAGGCCCCCGUGGCAGGGGAGAGGUCAGGGAGGGGGUUGGAAAGCGAGCCCACCCUGCACUCAUCCUUCGUUGGUGGCUCCUGUCCUGUGGGGCUAGGCCUAACUCCCCAUUCCAGGCAGUGCGACCUGGCACGUGGGGUUUGUGGUGCCACCACUAACUCAAAUUUGGCCCAGCUACCCCUCUGUCAUGACAGGUGAGUGCCCAGGCCAAACCUGAGUGCAGAUUACAGACUCAGGCCACUGCAGGUGUGGUUUAAUGUGGUGGCCUUUCACCUCUGGAGCCUGGUACAAGUGAAAUUAAUUAGAUGGGCUUCCCCUUGUCCUCUAAGCAUUUGUGUGCUUCACAAAGCCACCACCUCAGCUGGGUCUCUGCUCAGAGCAGGCCCUGGGUUGCAAUAGUGGCUGUUCCUUGGUCACUGCUGAUGUGGGCUGAAGGCUUAUAGGGAAAUACUCCCAUUGCCUAGCCAUGUUCUGUCCCUUCCUAGCCAGUACUGUUUGUGUCUCACAGCUUCCCCUGUCUGACCCCCCCGUACCCACCAAGAUAAUGGCAGGGACAAUCUCGCAAAGCUUGGUAAAUACUGUUAGACCCCAGAAGGGUGACGGGAUGCAUGUACAGACCAAAGUGACUUCAAAUAAAUGGUUUUAAACUAAA